UCCCGACCAAACUCCAACCCCUCUCUCUCUCUCUCUCUUUCUCUCUCUCUCCCUCUCUCUCGGUCUCUCUCUCUCUCUAUCAGCCUCUCACUCCGUCUCAAUAUGUCUCAAGAUGGCGGCCAAUGCGGGAUCGAUGUUUCAAUAUUGGAAGCGCUUUGAUUUGCAGCAGCUGCAGAGAGAACUGGACGCCACCGCCACGCUACUGGCCAACAGACAAGAUGAGAGCGAGCAGUCCAGGAAAAAACUCAUCGACCAGAGCCGCGAAUUUAAGAAAAACACACCAGAGGAUCUUCGGAAGCAGGUAGCUCCGCUACUGAAGAGUUUCCAGGCCGAGAUCGACGCUCUGAGUAAAAGAAGCAAAGAAGCAGAAGCUGCCUUCCUCAACGUCUACAAGAAACUCAUCGAUGUACCAGAUCCGGUCCCCGUGUUGGAGCUCGGCCAGCAGCUGCAGCUGAAGGUGCAGAGGAUGCACGACAUCGAGACGGAAAACCAGAAACUCCGAGAAACACUGGAGGACUACAACAAAGAGUUCGCCGAAGUCAAGAACCAGGAGGUCACCAUUAAAGCACUUAAGGAGAAGAUCCGGGAGUACGAGCAGACGCUGAAGAACCAGGCGGAGAACCUGGCCCAGGAGAAGGAGCAGCAGCUCCACAACGACUAUGCAGAGAAAGAGAGGAAGUUGCAGGAGUCACAGGAGUCCAUGGCCUCCAGGCUGGACGAGGCGGAACACAAGGUCCAGAACCUUCAGACAGCACUUGAGACCACGCAGACGGAGCUGUUUGAUCUGAAGACCAAGUACGACGAGGAGUCCACAGCAAAGGCAGAUGAGAUCGAGAUGGUCAUGACCGACCUGGAGCGAGCCAAUCAGAGAGCAGAGGCAGCGGAGAGAGAGGCGGAGGCUCUGAGGGAGCAGCUCACGUCAGCUAACAAGUCCCUGCAGCUGGCCACCCAGAUCCAGAAAGCUCCGGACAUGGAGCAGGCGGUGGAGGUGGUGUCUCGGUCCAGCCUGGAGGCUGAGCUGAGUGCUAAAGAGAGGGAGAUGGUGCAGCUGGUGGAGGACGUACAGAGACUGCAGGCCAGUCUGGCCAAACUCCGCGAGAACUCCUCCUCCCAGAUCAGCCAGCUGGAGCAACAGCUCAGCGCCAAGAGCGCCACACUCAAGCAACUGGAGGAGAAGCUGCAGGAGCAGGCCGACUACGAGGAGGUGAAGAAAGAGCUGAGCAUCCUUAAAUCCAUGGAGUUUGGCCCCGCUGACAGUGCUACUGUGCAGGACUCGUCUAAGCCGCUGGAGGUGCUGCUGCUGGAGAAGAACCGCAGUCUGCAGUCGGAGAACGCUUCCCUGCGCAUCGCCAACACCGAGCUGAGCGGGCGCUACACAGCGCUGCAGGUGGAGUUUUCGGGUGCAGUGAGGACCAGCGCUGAGCAGAAGGAGCUUAUCCUCAAACUGGAGCAUGACCUGAGCACUAUCCAGACCAUGUCCUCCCUGUCCCGCCCUGAUGCUGAGGGAGCUGAUCUGGGUGGCAUGGACAAAAUCCCUGAGCCAAUAAAGGAGGCCACCGCCAUGUUCUCAGGAGUGGGCAGUUCUUCUCAGACUGAACUUCCUCAGGGUCAGAUGGACUCUCUGCUGUCCAUCAUCUCCAGCCAGAGAGAGAGAUUCCGAUCUCGUAAUCAGGAGCUGGAGGCUGAGAGCCAUUCUAUGCAGCAGACCAUGCAGGCCCUGCAGAGCGAGCUGGACAGUCUGCGGGCCGACAACAUCAAACUAUACGAGAAGAUCAAGUUCCUGCAGAGCUACCCGUCACGAAGCGGAGGGACUGAUGAUACAGUGAUGCGCUACUCUUCCCAGUAUGAGGAGAGGCUGGACCCCUUUGCUUCCUUCAGCAAGCGGGAGCGCCAGAGACGAUACCUGAGCCUCAGCCCAUGGGACAAGGCCACCCUCAGCCUGGGUCGUGUCAUCCUGUCCAAUAAGAUGGCCAGAACCGUUGCAUUCUUCUACACUCUCUUCCUUCACUGCCUGGUCUUCCUGGUACUCUAUAAGACAGCCUGGAGUGAGAGUAUCGGGCGGGACUGUACUGCUUACUGUGCUAAAAAGUACUCGGACCACCUGCACCGCUUCCACGAGAAUGGAGAAAACGGAGACAUGUGGCAGUGAUGUCAGAGACAGGGCGAUCAGCGCUCAACACGACGAGGGGGUUCAAUUCUAUCACCAGAUCUUAAUGCUGUGUUCAAUCAAUCAGAUCUUUUCAUUUAUGUCUCAUUAAUGACUUCCCUGCUUUUGUAUAGCUAUAGGAGUAACUGUAGCUGGAAACACAAAGAAAACUGAUCAGAAAUCAGUUCAGAAAUCUUCAGUUUGAUCAGCAAACUGCAAAACGUGCAGGUGAAAUCAAUCAUUCAUUCCCAUCUUUCUUUGCUCUUUGAGCAUCUAUUGAGCAUCUAUUGAGCACAGCAUCAGGACUAAAAGCCUUCCUCUCGGUCUCAGAUUAUUUUUAUUAUUUUUUUGCAGUAUCUACUCCUGGCCACUAGAGGGCAGAUCUGCACUGUUAUGAUUUAGACCUUACUAGGGGGGUGUCCAUUCUUAUUUGAUCAUCAUAAACAACCAGCAGCUCUGAUUAAACAUCUGAUUCCACUUGUUUGUUAAAUCAGUUGGUCGGUCUUCAAUCAGCUGAUCAAAUCGUGUGCUUCUGAUUGGCUGGAAUGAACAACUGCAGCCACAAAGAUUCUGUGAUAGAUUGGAUAGAUUGGACACCCCUGAUUUAGACCAAUGAGACGAUCUCAAAUCCAAGAGCAUCUCAAAUCCAAGCUAAUCAAAUAUAAUCAAAGAAAGCAUCUCUAUAUAUUGUUUAAUUUACUUUUAAUAAUUAAGAAUUUACUGUAUUUUGUGGGAGUUUAGAAAGAGGGGACCAGUGGGUGUUUACUCGGGGGGUAGUACCAGAUUUGCUGUGUUGGGGAAAGAAAUGAAGGGAUUACGGAUUAAGAAUUAUUGAAUAGAUUGAGGGUGAGAUUGAAUUAAAUAAUUAGAUCAUUUGCACUAGUGAAAAAAUGAAGUGUAUGGCUAAUUAUUUAUACAUAAUAAUCAAUGAGAUUAUUAAUCUUCCCACUGACUUUACUGUGAGUGAGAGAGUUUAGGGGUUUCGGGUCAUUAUUAUAUCCUUUUUGUUUCUAUGCAGUAUCUUAUUUAGCAAGACUUAAUACAUAUAUAUAUUAGGAUGUAUUAUGAUGUAUUCAAAUUAGCUUUAAGGGUGUGUUCAGACUGCAGCCAAAUUUGUAAGAUUUGUUUCUCAAUCCCAGCUCUUUAGCCCACCACAUUUCACUCUGGAGGUGUGAUGAGAUUGUUGUUUGUUGGGUUGAGUGAAACAAAAGACUGAAACAAGUGAAAUCUGAUUUGAACAUACAGACUGAAAAGUAUCUCUACAAAUAUAAGUAUAGUGAUGUUUAUAACCAUCUCCAAAUGUGGUUUGAAUCUGAUUUGUGGAAAAAAAAAAACAGAUUUUAUGUCAUUUCUGGCUGUUCAGACUGUCAAAACAAUCUGAAUACAAUCUAGUUCAGUGUAAUGUUUAGCAGUUUAAUUUUUUAAUAUAUAUAGCUAAAUUCAAAAAUAGAAAAUUGGGUAAAAAAAAAUUAGCAUUAUUUUUCCCGUUCAGUAGAGUGAAGAUGCAAUUGGUUUUCAUCCAUUUUUCAAUUAUCUAGUAUUUCAUUUCAGCCUUUUUCAGAAUUUCACGAAAAAUGAAAAGCUGAAUCUUUCUGAUUUUUAGAUUUGUCAGUUUUUGUAACACAAAUCUGAUGGUAUAAUCCUUGCAAAAUGCAAAAAUGGAAAAAUCAAAAAAUAAAGAAAAGAUUAUUUUUUUCUUCAUUUGUUCCUAAAAAAAAUCAAGUCAGAAGCAAAGAUGAAAAAACUAAAAUUGGAAAAGAAAAAAAAAUAUAUAUAUAUUUUUUUUUUUUCUUGUACACUGCACUCCAUUAAAAGUUUUUAUGCCCACUUUUCUAUUUUAGCAUUUAGCCUCAAACAGUCAGAAAAAUAAAUUAAUAAACGUUACACUGAUCAUCUAGAAUGCCAGAAAUCAGAUUUGAACUGGCAGUCUGAACACAGCUGUAGAGUCCUUGGACUUAGAUGAAUACGACAAGGUCAGACAGUCUCAUGCAGUCAAAUAUAACAUAAUAUACACUAACUGCUUAUGUCAAUGUCCAGUAGAGAACAAGAACCUAAGAUUCUGACUCUGGAGACUUUGAUUAGUGUGUUGGCAGCAUCCUAAAGGUGGAUUUUGCAUUCUGUUGCACUCUUAAUGUGUGCUAUGGGUCUCCUGUUAGGCUCCAGUAUCUGAUCAGCUGUAACUGUCUGUUCUGCUUGCUUGCUUUCUCUCUUCCAGUGCUUUCCUUAUAUAUUAGUACCCAAAUAAAGCUUUUGAGCAUCCA